AUGGCCAGUGAAGUCAACCAUGCGAGAUUCACCCGGGUAUCAUUACAUGAGGACCCGCCUCAGUAUUCUUCUUACUACUCGGCCGAACCCGACACUAUCCCCGGCAACGGUACCCCAGGGACUAGCACUACAACCAACGCCACUGGGAGCCAAUCUACUACCGGCGAUUCUUCUUCGCCCAGUUAUAGCUACAUUCAGCUUCGUAGACUUCCCAAACUCAAAAUAAGUCCCUGGAUUCUACUCAUUGUGGUUCGAUUCUUUCACACUUUGUGGUAUGCCCUCCCCUGUUACCUGGCACUUUCCGCAGAAACCGCCGUCAAAUGGCCUUUUUCUUCUCCGCCUCCGCCUCGCUGGCUCCUUUACGCUGGCAUUAUGGGCAUAUCUUCAAACGGUAUCACAAUAUUAUUGUACAUCUGGGGCCAGACUGGCAUGAACACACCGGACGUCUUUGUGAAAACCUCCGUAGUUCUUGAUGUUCUUGUUUUCUGCGGAAAUGUGCCCUUCAUUGCUUUAAGUUGGCGUCAAAUCGACUCAGAUACCGAAGGAUAUCCGCUGCUGAAGAAGAUAACAGUUUGCCAGGUUUUUUCGAUGAUAUUACAUGUGGUUCAAGUCGUCUUGAUGAGCUGCUACAUUCUCAAGACCCGAUGGGACCGUGUAAAAAAAAGCAAGCCAAGAACUAUCAAAAAUGGAGGUGUUGUUGAGGUUUAG